AUGAUAACACCAAAGCCAAGACAAAAUCUUGGCGAGCGCGCGCGCACACCUACGGUUUGCAGUGCAGCCGUCGCCCUUCAUUGGACAAACAGCGCUGCUGCUGCUGCUGCUGCUGCCCUCCAUCUCGCGAUGGCAGCGACUCUGCAGUUCCUCAGCCUUCUCGCCGCCUCUUCUUCACAUCCAGCUCCUUCCUGCAGAAGCGAGAAGAAGAGCCGCUCCGUCCAUCUGCCGCAGCAGCAGAGGAAUAGGAGGCUCCGCGUCAUCCGAGCCGUCGAGACGGACGAGCCCUCCGUCGCAGCGCCUCCGGAGGAGGAGCCGCCGUCCGUCGACUUCGCCUUCGUCAGCCCCCGGUUGCUGCCGGACGGGACGCCGGACGUGCACUACCGGACGGCGUGCGGCGGGCAGAAGCUCAGGGACAUCAUGCUCCAAGGGCACAUCGACCUCUACGGGCCUUAUGAUAAGUUCCUGCUCAACUGCUCGGGAGGCGGCGAGUGCGGGACUUGCAUCGUGGAGGUAGUUGAGGGCGGUGAAAUGCUUUCCCCCAAAAAUGAAGUGGAAAAGGAGAAGCUUAGAAGGAAACCCAAGACUUGGAGACUAGCUUGCCAAGCUACGGUUGGCAAGCCAGAUUCAAGAGGGCAGAUGGUCAUUCAGCAGCUGCCGGAGUGGAAAGUACACGAGUGGGACAGACAAUAAUUAAUUAGUGUAUACUAGACACUUGAUCAUCUGUAUACAUAAGAUUUUCGUGUGCGAACACCCGGCCGGCAGAAUAAAAAAAGAGAGUUGCACUUGAUCAUCUGGAGAAGAAAACACUUGGCAUCAGCAACUUUGCACUAAAAUCACGACAAGUAUUUAGGAACAGAGGAAAUACAAUCGAAGAGGGACAGAGAGGUAUGCGAUCGAAGAAGUCUUCCAUGGUAGUAUAUCGCUCCCAUAUACACCGCAGUAUACAAAACAACAAUGAAACAUUUGUGUACAUUUUCUUCGAGGAUGUACGUAACCUUUUUCCAACGCAUCUCUAGGCUUACAUUGUGUGUUCCCUUAGACCUCUUCCAAUGCAUUGUUCUUUCUUAGGUGUUGUCUCUUGGUCCACAACAAAUGUUAAGAAACCAUACCUUCAAUGCUUAUCUCUUAAUUUUGUCUCUAAA